AUGCCAAUGAGUGCUGACUCGCUAGAUCCGCCAAUCUGUGAUGUGUUCGGUUGGUUGAUGAGUUCCCAUGCAUUUCAGCUCAACAAGCACUUCUAUCCUACGGAGCCGGACUUUUUCAUCUACGACGCGAAUGGAACGCAGCUCUUCACGCCUCCGGAGUGCUUCGAUGGCCCACUGGGCGGCCAAUGCAUGGGCAUCAAGGGAAAGCCGCGGGACAUGUGGUCUCUGGGCUGCGUCCUCUUUGUCCUGGCUUUCGGCCACUGCCCCUUUUGGGCUGAGAGCAACAUUGAGCUGCAGUUGAUGAUCAUCCAAGCCGAGCUGCAGCUACCAGAAGGGGGCCCCGGAAGCCACGAGUUUCGGCAGCUGGUGACCAGCCUGCUGAGUCGGGAUCCGACUGCUCGCCCCAGUGCCCGCGCACUGCGUCAGAGCCCCUGGCUGACGUUGCUUUUGGAGCCUUGUCGCCUGCGGCCAUCUGGGCUUAGCCAAGAGACGUACUUGGCCCUGGCUGAUGUGACCCUGUCGGAUGCGGCUGCUACCUCUGGCACUCGUCUGCCUGCCGCAGAUCGCCUCCUCAUGGUCUGCCCCCGGGAGGAUGUCUCCGGCCGGAACUCUGAAUGCCCAUAUGCGGCUGAGGCGACAGCAGAGCGCUCCCUCGCAUCCGGCCUCCAGACGGCUGCAGGUGCCGCCGCGCUGGCGGUGCUGUGGACGCUGGCGCCGGUGAUGCUUGCCUGCGCCAGCCUAGCGGGGACGCGUGGGAGGCGCAUGCUGGACCGCCCUCGCAUCGUCCGCUGCGCAGGGGCCGAGGAGCCUGCAGCAGAGGGGUCCUCAGGCGCUGAAGCCUCGAAGCAGCAGGUCGUCACGCCCUGGGAGGUGGAAGCGGGCGAAGAUGGCGUAGAUUACGACAAGCUCAUUGAGACUUUUGGCUGCCAGCCCAUCUCUGCCGCACAGAUCGAGAGGAUUGAACGCCUUACAGGCAAGCGAGCCCAUCGAUUUCUCCGACGGGGCCUCUUCUUCUCGCACCGGGAUCUGGACGACCUUCUUGAUGCCUACGAGAAGGGGGAGCCCUUCUACAUCUACACGGGUCGGGGCCCCUCCUCCGAGUCCCUUCACUUGGGGCACUUGGUCCCUUUCCUCUUCACGAAGUGGCUGCAGGAGGCUUUCGAUGUACCGCUGGUCAUUGAACUGACAGAUGACGAGAAGUUCCUUUUCAAGAAGGACCUUGGCAUCGAUGAGGCCCGGAGGCUAGCCUGGGAAAACGCCAAGGACAUCAUCGCCUGUGGUUUCGAUCCUGCGAAGACCUUUAUCUUCCGGGACACGGACUACAUCGGCCAGCUCUACCCUGUGGCGCUGCAGAUUCAGAAGCGGGUCACGCUGCGAACUGCGCAGAACACAUUCGGCUUUACCCUCAGCGACAACAUCGGCAAAUGUGCCUUCGCGGCUAUCCAGGCAUCCCCUUCCUUCGCCAUCUCUUUCCCCGACUUCCUGAAAGCUGGGAUGAGGUGCUUCAUCCCACAGGCUAUCGACCAAGACCCCUACUUCCGACUCUGCCGGCGAGUGGCGGAUGAUCUGAAGUGGCCGAAGCCGGCCUUGAUCCACUCAAAGUUCCUGCCAGCACUCCAAGGUCACCAGACCAAGAUGUCUGCCUCAGUUCAGUCUACGGCGCUCUACAUGACGGACACCCCCAAGAAGCUCCGGAAAAAGAUCAACAAGAACGCUUUCUCCGGGGGCGGCAAGACCCUCGAGGAGCAGCAAAAGUAUGGGGCGAACUUGGACGUGGAUGUCUCCUACCAGUACCUCAAGAUCUGGUUGGAAGACGAUGAGGAGCUGGCGCACAUCGGCACGGAGUAUGCCGCUGGCCGUAUGCUCACCGGAGAGGUGAAGAGACCUGGCGCAUUCUCGGCCCUUGCAGUAGCGCAACGGCGCCUAGUUUAA